GCAUAAUCAAAGUACCUGAGGCGGUCCAGAAACCGGUGAAAAGGUGUGUUCACCGGCCAUGUUGAAUCCGAGCGCCCGUCAAAAUCGUUGCAGAUUUAGCCACGGCAGACGCGUGGGAUGAGGCUCAGAGCGCGGGGGCCGGGGUUGUGACGAUGUCCAAGUGGCAUUUUGUGACGGUUGAGGGGAGAAAAUCCAGCUUCAAAAGACUAGCAAGUACUCGUACUGGGUACCUUACGGUGCCUUCCAUCCCUGUGGGCGAGCUGUGGGAAGGUAACUGGCGAGCCUGGCAAGGAAACUGCGACAGAAUGCCCCUCCGUUGCCUGUCCAGUGCUGACCCCACUUCUUCUCGCUGCUGCGACUUCCUCUCCCCCGGUGAAAUUCCAUCCCCACUGCAUCCAGAAUCUGUCUUUGAUGAGCUUCGUGUUCAUCAAUCCAUACAAGCCCUGUACUUGGUCCAUGGUCUCCGACAACGUCACCUCAGGCACAGGGUGCGGCGACGUCAUCCUCCUCCUCAUUCUCAUGUCAAACCUCUACGGGUUCAAAGAAAAGCCACCAUGGUACGCUCGGACGCAAGGGAUCAGCAGCCGAAGCUGCUGGCUGUGAUUGCAUUGGGCAUGCCCGACAGGAUACUCCGUAUACCUGCCGGCACUCCCCCCGCAACGCCGUGAUGUCGGGACGCCCCUAUCCGCCUUGCUUGACUGCCAAUCCGGGCACUGGCUGGCGUUUCGCGGCUGAAGCGUUGUACUCCCGCGACGACAUGCAAGGUACCCGUCGAUGGCGUCGACAUCAAAUCGGCGUCACCUUGUGCGACAGCAAGCCAAGUAAGGCGACACGUCGGCACUGUCAGUACUCAUCGCCAGCGGCCAAGUUGACGGCCACGAUCUCGAGAAUGGCCGACAACUCCGUCAGUGGAGAGAGGAGGCUGAGGCGUC